CAUCCAUCGAAAUGUUCAAGAACGUAAUUCUGUUGUGCCUGGCUGUUGCCACUCUGGCCAGCCCACACAAGUUGGCACCUUCCGGAUAUGGGUACUCUGCUCCCAAGCAUCCUCUCUCUUAUGCUUCGCAUGCCCCAGCAUAUGAGGCUCCAGAACAAUCCUACUCUGCCCCUGAAACAUCCUACCAUGCUCCUUCCUAUGAAGAAGAUGAAGAAGAGGGAAAGCCCUUUGAAUUCGAGUAUGCCGUUACGGACCACUACAAUGGCGUCGACUUCGGCCACAACGAAAACUCCGACGGGACGGUCGUCAGCGGUCAGUACCACGUCCUCCUCCCCGACGGUCGCACUCAGACCGUCACUUACACCGCCGAUCCCGACAACGGCUACCAGGCUGAGGUCACUUACGAGGGCGAGGCAGAGUACCCAGAACCCCACCCAUACCACCCUGCCCCACCCUCUUACCACGCACCAGCCCAUUCAUACUCAGCCCCAACUCAUUCACACUCGGCUCCAGAGCAUUCAUAUUCAGCAUCAGAGCAUUCAUACUCAACCCCAUCUCAUACCUAUGGAAAACCGGAUGGAACUUCACAUCACUAAGAACUGAAAUGUGCUUCUGGCAUAUACGCAGAUAUUAAUGCGCAA